CUCCUCCUCUCUAAAUGGGAGGAUAAGCGGUGACCAUGUUCAGCUUCGAAGGGGAGUUCAAGACCAGGCCCAAGGUGUCUCUCGGAGGAGCCAGCAGGAAGGAAGAAAAGGCAUCUCUUCUACAUCGUACGCAAGAGGAGAGACGGAAACGAGAGGAAGAAAGGAGAAGGCUGAAAAAUGCGAUAAUCAUCCAAUCCUUUGUACGGGGAUACCGGGACAGAAAACAUCAAUAUUCCAUUCAGAGGAGUGAAUUUGAUCGUUAUGCUAAUCUGGCACAAUCUGGAGGAAGUUUCUCCACUGCCAACGGAGCAAAUCUGACCCUUUUAGUUCGGCAACUUCUGUUUUUCUAUAGACAUAAUGAAGAUUCCAAGCGUUUGAUAUGGAUAUGUCAGAAUUUGAUUAAACAGAAUUCUCAGUUUGUCAAGCAGCUUGACAGCCCGGAAAAACUUACAUGCCUGUUCCAGAUCAAACGGUUGCUGGGGCUCUGUUGCAGGUUGCUCCAAAACUGCAACGACGACAGUCUGAAUGUUGCACUUCCUAUGCGGAUGCUUGAAGUAUUUUCCUCUGAGAAUACCUAUUUGCCUGUUUUACAAGAUUCUCACUACGUAGCAUCCAUCGUUGAACAAAUCUUGCACUACGUGAUUCAAAAAGGAUACUACAGGUCUCUUUAUCUGCUAAUAAAUAACAAGCUUCCAUCGAGUAUCGAGUAUUCCGAUGUCUCUCGGGUUCCUAUCGCAAAAAUAUUGCUAGAGAAUGUUCUGAAGCCAUUGCACUUUAAUUAUAGCUCGUGUCCAGAAGAUGCCAGGCAACAGAUCUUUGCUGCUUUUACAGAAGAGUUCUUGGCGGCACCUUUUACAGACCAGAUAUUCCAUUUCAUCAUUCCAGCGCUUGCAGAUGUGCAGACCUGUUUCCCCUAUGAACUCUUUCUGAAUGCACUAUUGUUAACAGAAAGCCGGCGUUCAAGAAAAAGCGAGAGAGCGCCGUGGCUUUUUUACUUUGUUCUAACAGUUGGCGAAACAUAUUUAGGGUCUCUUUCAGAAGAAGGGCUGCUUGUGUAUUUACGAGUACUCCAGAUGUUUCUUUCUCAGUUACCUGUGUCCUCAUCAGGUACAAACUGUCAGGAUUCAGCCAGUGACUCAGAAGAUGAGGAUGAGGAAAUCAGUAAGAUGACUUCCAUGCCUGGAGAUGGGAGAAUAUCAGUCCAAUAUAUAACGGAAGAGUGUCUUUCAAAACUGGAUACAAAACAGCAGACGAACACUCUGUUAAAUAUGGUUUGGAGAGACUCGGCUAGUGAAGAGGUCUUCACACUGAUGGCCUCCAUCUGCCACACUCUGAUGGUGCAGCACCGGAUGAUGGUGCCAAAAGUCAGACUUCUGUAUAGCCUAGCUUUUAAUGCCAGGUUCCUAAGGCAUCUUUGGUAUUUAAUCUCCUCGAUGACAACUCGAAUGAUUACUGGGUCCAUGGUGCCACUCCUGCAGGUGAUAUCACGAGGCUCGCCAAUGUCUUUAGAGGACUCCAGUCGGAUCAUCCCUCUCUUCUAUCUUUUUAGCUCUUUGUUUAGUCACUCACUUAUUUCUAUACAUGAUAAUGAAUUCUUCGGUGAUCCUAUAGAAGUUGUAGGUCAAAGACAAUCAUCAAUGAUGCCUUUUACGUUAGAAGAACUGGUAAUAUUAUCUCGUUGCCUUCGAGAUGCUUGCUUAGGAAUUAUUAAAUUGGCAUAUCCGGAAACCAAGCCAGAAGUUCGUGAAGAAUAUAUUGCUGCGUUUAGAAGUGUUGGUGUCACCACAAAUACAGAAAUGCAACAGUGUAUACAAACAGAACAGAAACGAUGGAUCCAGCUGUUUAAGGUAAUCACUAACUUGGUGAAAAUGCUGAAAUCAAGAGAUGCAAGAAGAAACUUCUGCCCACAAAAUCAUUGGCUAUCAGAACAAGAAAACAUUAAAGCAGAUAAGGUUACACAGCUUUAUGUGCCAUCAGCCAGACAUGUGUGGAGAGUGAGAAGAAUGGGAAGAAUAGGACCACUGCAGUCUACUUUGGAUGUGGGCUUGGAACCAGCUCCCCUUUCUGUGUCAGAGGAGCGACAGCUUGCAAUAUUGACCGAGCUGCCUUUCGUGGUUCCCUUUGAAGAAAGAGUUAAGAUUUUUCAAAGGCUGAUCUACGCUGACAAACAAGAGGUUCAAGGAGAAGGUCCGUUUCUGGAUGGAAUUAACGUCACUAUCCGAAGAAAUUACAUUUAUGAAGAUGCAUAUGACAAACUGUCCCCUGAAAAUGAACCCGAUUUGAAAAAACGGAUCCGUGUUCAUUUACUUAAUGCCCAUGGGCUAGACGAAGCUGGUAUUGAUGGUGGAGGAAUAUUCAGAGAAUUUCUGAAUGAACUGCUUAAAUCAGGGUUUAAUCCCAACCAGGGCUUUUUUAAGACCACUAAUGAAGGACUGCUUUACCCUAACCCUGCUGCACAGAUGCUAGUUGGAGAUUCUUAUGCAAGGCACUACUAUUUCCUUGGGAGAAUGCUUGGAAAGGCUUUAUAUGAAAAUAUGCUUGUUGAGCUUCCGUUUGCUGGUUUCUUCCUCUCCAAACUGCUGGGGACGAGCGCAGACGUUGACAUUCAUCACUUAGCUUCGCUGGAUCCGGAAAUGUACAAAAAUUUGCUUUUCCUCAAGAGCUACGAAGGGGACGUGGAAGAACUUGGGCUGAACUUUACUGUGGUGAAUAAUGACUUGGGGGAGGCGCAGGUGGUUGAACUGAAGCCAGGAGGAAAGGAUAUUCCCGUCACCAGCGCUAACCGUAUUGCAUACAUCCAUCUUGUGGCAGACUACAGGUUAAACAAACAGAUCCGGCAGCAUUGCCUGGCUUUCCGACAGGGUCUUGCCAAUGUUGUUAAUCUGGAGUGGCUUAGGAUGUUUGAUCAGCAAGAAAUUCAGGUUUUGAUCUCUGGUGCACAGGUUCCUAUCAGUCUGGAUGACCUUAAAACUUUUACCAACUAUUCAGGUGGUUAUUCUGCAGAUCAUCCAGUAAUCAAGAUUUUUUGGAGAGUUGUAGAAAGCUUCACUGAUGAAGAAAAACGUAAAUUACUGAAGUUUGUGACAAGCUGCUCACGCCCUCCUCUGUUGGGGUUUAAGGAAUUGUAUCCUGCCUUUUGCGUCCACAACGGAGGGUUGGAUCUAGAGAGGCUCCCCACUGCCAGCACCUGCAUGAAUUUACUGAAGCUUCCAGAGUUUUAUGACGAGAACCUUAUGCGGAGCAAACUUCUUUAUGCCAUUGAAUGCGCAGCUGGAUUUGAGCUGAGUUGA